GGACUACGUGUUUCAUCAGGUUGAUGAACAAGGUUAUCCCGUUGUUGAUAUGUCGCACGUUUUGAUGUGCUUAAACAAGUUGGAUGCCGGUGUUGAUGAAAGAAUAACGCUGGUAUCAAGAGAUGAACAAUCGUGUCUCAUCGUGUCUUACAAGGAUAUAAAAAACUGUAUCGAUUCAGCAUUUAGGGAUCUCUCCAGAAGAAAAUAA